GACUGUUCGGCGAUUCCGACGCCAUCCCACCCGAGUCCCGGAGAAAUCGAUCGUAGCUCUGUGCCCUUCCGUUGAAAAAGAUCGCUUCUCUCGAGAGACACAAAAGUUCAUCUCUUUUUUUUUCAAAUUCUUUCAAUUUCUCGUUUCAAUCCCCUCAAUUCUUCGUUUCACCGAACGCACGUCGAACCCUUAAUUGCUUUUUUUCGGGUCAAGUUUCGAUUCGAGCUUUUUAGGGUUUCGUAUCUGAAUCGGUCGACAAGGUAAACCCUUUUGUGGGUUUACCCCCAAUAUUCCGAAAACAGAGCUUUCGUUUGGAUGGGAAUUCUCUGAAACUAAACUACAUAGUGAUAUGGAGACGCAAAUUCAUCAACUUGAGCAGGAAGCAUAUACCGCUGUUUUAAGGGCUUUUAAAGCGCAGUCUGAUGCGAUUUCUUGGGAAAAAGAAAGCUUGAUAACCGAAUUGCGUAAAGAAUUGGGAGUAUCUGAUGAUGAACAUCGAGAGCUUCUGAGUAGGGUCAAUAAGGAUGAUACUAUCCAGAGGAUAAGAGAUUGGAGACAGGGAGGCGGAAGCCAAAAUACUAGACAUGCAACUAUUCAGCCUUUUGAUGUUCUUCCUAGUCCCACUUUCUCAGCUGGCCGAAAGAAACAGAAAACAUUCCAAUCUUAUCAUCCAUCAAUUGGUGCGACUGGAAAUAAGUCAUUCAAUAGUCGUGUGGUAUCUGGUGGCAUAUCAGGAAAUGAAUCUGCUGAAGCUUUGAUCGGAAGAAAAGUGUGGACAAAAUGGCCUGAAGAUAACCACUUUUAUGAAGCAAUUAUAACCCAGUACAAUGCAGAUGAUGGUCGGCAUGCUUUGGUGUAUGAUAUACAUGCAGCUAAUGAAACGUGGGAAUGGGUUGAUCUCAAGGAGAUACCACCGGAAGAUAUAAGGUGGGAUGGGGAGGAGAGUGGGGUAGCUUUAAACAUUGGACAUGGAAGUGGAUCAUUCCGUGGCAAUCGAAGAAGCCAAAUCCAUGGUGGUAGAGGGAGAGGGCCAAGAAUUCAUCAACCAAGAAGAGAAAUCUUACCACCACCAACACAACAGAAUGGUGGUGGUGGUCGGAGAACUUCCUCUGAUGAUAUUGAAUUGUUCAACACAGACUCACUUGUGAAGGAGGUGGAGAGAGUUUUCGAUUCAACUCAUCCUGAUCCGCUCGAGCUCGAUAAGGCCAAGAAAAUGCUCAAGGAACAUGAACAGGCACUCAUUGCUGCCAUUGCAAGGCUUGCUGAUACUUCUGAUGGCGAAAUGGAUGGAGAUCCACCAUAUUCGCAUGAUCAUCCAAUGCCACAGGGAUGAGAGAAAAGCUGUCUACAACUCAGGAUUCGGUCGUCAUACCCAAGGACUCUGGUUUUAAGAAGAAACAUUGUGCUCGGCUAACAAAGAGAUGCGAAAUGCUUAAGAGGCUGCUCAGAAGGUGGAAGAGGGAGUCUUCUUUCUUCUUCUAAAUUGUUGUCACAAAAAUGUAUGAAAAUUAAAUUGUUAGGGAUUGGAAAGUAGGAUUUUUGCAUGUAAGCACAAGUAUUUGUUUAGAGAGUGUAACCUGUGACGAUGAUUGACCAUGUAAAUGUUCCUGAGUUUACCUCCAAGAGAUAACUAGACCUGCCGUAA